AUGUCAGAAGUAUCUUUAUCACCUCUACAAGCUUUCCGGUCCAUUGUCACCGGAAACCUACACAGAGUACUGGAAAGUCUGAAACUUGGAUCGGAGUUCUUGUCCUUCAAAUCGAUCCACGAAUGUUUUCAGGUGUUACCCAUAUUGAACAAUGAGUUUGCGAAGCUGAUGGCGGAGAUAGAUUAUCCGGUGAGCAGUUGGGAAGCUGGUUCCAUUGACGAGUAUCUUGAUUACACCAUGAGCAUAUUGGAACUCCUGAAUGCGAUUAAUUCUUCUCUUUCUCAUCUUAAUCAAGCUCGUGUGUCACUCUCACAUGCUUUGAGCCUCAUGGAAAGCACACCGGCUAUGGGUGUGGAACGGAUGAGAGAGAUUACGUUGCAUGAUUCUAUCAAGGGAUUCAAAGGUAUUGGAAGGGAUGAAGAAAGGAAUCGAAAAGGGAAAGAAAGGAUCUUUCAUGAAGCUAUUUUGGUAAUGAAAGGUACUGCUUUUUGGGUUUGUGGGGUUGUGUUGUAUGGAUUAAGGAGUGAUGCUUGGCCGCUUAUGGAGAUUAUGAAAAGUGGGGUGGUGGUGGAUUGUUCCUUGAUGCUUUUUGAUUCCAUCUUUAGGAAUAAGAUCACUGAGAAAAGGGGAUUGGUAAAGGAAGUGGAAGAUGUGAAUGAGACUGUGCGUAUGAUUGUAUCCAAGGGAAUUGGUGAUUUUGAUGUUGCGAUGGAGUUGAAGAGAAGAUUGGAGAUGGUUAGAAAUGGAGUGAAGGGUUUAAAAGAAGAAGAAGAAGGUUUAUUUGCAGAGGUUAUGGCUGCUAGGAAUGAGGUUAGGGUGGUUAAGGCCCUAUAUGGGUCGGAUGAGAGAUGUCGGGAUCUUAGUCCUUCAGCGAUUUGUAAAGGUCCGCAGAAUGAUGUGAUUCGUUAUUUAGCUCAGCUUCAUGUUAGAGGUUUUGAUGUGCAUGAGUUUUGUCCUAUUCAUCUAGGCAACAUGGAGACUGCUUAUGUUUGGAAUGGGGAUCGCUAUUCGUCUGUAGUUUUUCAUGGGAUAUUUUCUUUGGACCUGUAUAUGGAGGUUUUGGUUAUAAACCUAGUGGAUAUCGAUUGGCCAUUUAGCACUCUUAGACAAGCUUCGAUGAAAUGGUUGAGUAUGAAUACUGGAAUGAGUUCUUAG